AUGCUGGUACUGGUGCUGGUUCUAGUGGUAGCGCUGUCCCAGAAUGUUGUCUGUGUGAUGCUGAAGGCAAAAUGCCCAUUGAAUCUGAUCAAGGAUGAAAACGAUCCAUUGAAUUAUUAUACUCCGGGAGACCACCUCAUCGGCGGGGUCGUAUCCGCAACUUAUGUUUUCCUGAAACCUCUCACCUUCCGUGAGCCUCCCCGUAACAGAUUUAGAAUCAAGCCGAGGGGCACAGAUUACGAGAGCAUCCUCUCCUUCUUGUUUGCCAUUCAGGAAGUCAAUCAGAACCCCGGGAUCUUGCCCAAUGUCACUCUGGGAUAUGACGUCUACGACAACUAUUUCAAUGCAAGGAUGACAAGUGAUGCCCUGUUAGACCUGCUUUCCCCAGGGCAAGAGAACAUCCCAAACUACCACUGCGGAGGAAAGAAGAAUCUCUUGGCUGUUCUCGAAGGGAGUAAUUCCGAAAUCUCCAUCCAGAUUUCAAAUAUGAUGAAUAUCUACAAAAUCCCACAGGUCAGUCAUGGGUUUGUUUCCCACGUUCUUAAUGACCCUGCUCAGUUCCCUUUUUUCUUCCGGAUGGUCCCCAAAGAUGAACAGCAGUACCCGGGGAUUGUCAAACUGCUCCUGCAUUUCCGAUGGACGUGGAUCGGUCUCAUUGCAUCACACACCAAUGAUGGAGAACGGUUCAUGAGACUCUUCCCCACUCUGGUCGUCUCCAAAGGCAUUUGUGUGGCCUUUUCACUCAUCUUCCCAGCAUCAGUAAGGGACACUUGGGACGUCGGCACGGUGUUACACUCCUCCAGUGCAUCUAAUCUAUGGAGAGAAGUCAACGUGGUCAUAUUUCAUGUGAAGCCAGAUGUAUGGGGGGUUGGGUUCCUUCUAUAUGAGACAGAUGAAAAGUGGAUCCAGCACGCCAUGGGGAAAGUCUACUGCACUUUCAACGCUGUCCUGGCUGUUGCGCGGGCCUUGCAUGCCGCCUACUCCUCCCGAUCCAAGCAGAAGUUAGCCAGGGACAGGGAACAGCCAUGGCAGCUUCAUGCUUUCCUGCGAAGCAUCCCACUCUACAAUACAUCCAUGGGUGAAGUGUAUUUGGAUGAGAACAGGGACCUGGAAGUGGAUUUUGAUAUAGUGCAAUGGCUGGCAUUUCCCAAUGGGUCCCAAGCUGGAGUGAAAGUGGGGAGUGUAGAGAGAGGGGCAUCCCCAGACCCCAAGUUCACUAUCGAGCAGGGCUCCAUCUUGUGGCCCAACCAGCACGUGCCCCGUUCCAGGUGUACCGAGAGCUGUCGGCCUGGAAACGCCAAGGUGGCUCAGGAAGGGAAGCCAUUUUGCUGCUACGACUGUCUUCCGUGCCCGGAAGGGACGAUCUCCACACAGGAAGAUGCAUCGCAAUGCUCCCACUGUCCAGAAGAUCAGCAUCCAAACACAAAUAAAACUGAAUGUGUCCCCAAGGCGACAACCUUCCUGACCUACAAAGAACCACUUGGGAUUAUCCUGGCUUUCUUCUCUCUGUUCCUGUCCUUAAUCACUGGCUUUGUGUUAGGUUUUUUCAUUAAAUUCCUGGACACUCCCAUAGUCAAAGCCAACAACCGGGACCUCACCUAUGUUCUCCUGGUCUCCCUCCUGCUUUCCUUUCUCUCUUCCUUUCUGUUCAUCGGCCAGCCAGGGAAGGUGACCUGCCUUCUUCGACAAACCGCCUUUGGCAUCAUCUUCUCCAUUGCCAUCUCUUCUGUCUUGGCCAAAACCAUCACUGUGGUGGUGGCCUUCAUGGCUACCAAGCCAGGCAACAGGAUGAGGCAAUGGCUGGGGAAGAGUCUGGCCAACUCCAUUGUCAUUUCUUUUUCUGGCAUUCAAGCUGGCCUCUGCCUCAUCUGGCUGGGAUUCUCUCCCCCCUUCCCGGACUCUGACAUGCACUCCCAGCCUGGGCACAUCACCCUGCAAUGCAACGAGGGCUCUGUCGCCAUGUUUUAUAUUGCCCUGGGCUACCUGGGCUUCCUGGCUGCCGUCUCCUUCACGGUGGCUUUCCUGGCCAGGAAGCUGCCUGGGGCCUUCAACGAGGCCAAGCUCAUCACCUUCAGCAUGCUUGUCUUCUGCAGUGUCUGGGUGUCCUUUGUGCCCUCCUACCUGAGCACGAAGGGGAAGUACAUGGUGGCCGUGCAAGUCUUCUCCAUCUUGGCCUCCAGUGCUGGCUUGCUGGGCUGCCUCUUCCUUCCCAAAUGCUACGUUAUUCUACUGAGGCCUGAUUUGAACACCAAGGAGCAUCUAAUGACAAAAUGA